UUCCCCGCAAGGCCUUCUCCCUCCCGUCAAAUCAAAGCACCCCGCCGCACGCAGACGAGAAAGGAAGCGCGCCUCAGCCUCAGUACCCACCACCUCCACGCUCGCGCCGUCGGCUUCGUGCUCCUGCGCCGCCGCACCGAUCUGCACCGUACGCGGGCGUCGAUCCAUCCAAGGAACUCAUAAAAAGUCAUGGGAAAUGACGAAGCUGUAGUUACUCAGAAGAUGGGGAAAGCACCAUCGCCCCCUAAGAUGUGCUAGGGCUGCAUCAAACAGCUGCGAAGCAUGAUUUUGUCAAUUAGCCACAUUAUUGACAAGGGGUGGAAUCCUUAAAGGUGCCUAAGUAGCAACUGUAUUACUUUGCAGGAUCAUCCAGCCCUUAGUCCAUACCUUGAUUGGUCAAAUAUGCAGGCAUAUUACGGCCCAGGGAUCUUGCCACCAACAUUUUUUAGCCCUGGAAUAGCCGCUGGUCAUACCCCUCCUCCAUUUAUCUUGGGUCCUCAGCCUCUGGUGCCAUCCGCUUUUGGGAAGCCAUAUGCCGCAAUUUAUCCUCCUGGUGGAGCUUUUUCACAUCCGUUCAUGCCCCUAAUGGUGAGCCCAUUGAGCAUGGAGCCAGCAAAGUCUGUCAACAGCAAGGAUAGCUGUUCAAAUAAGAAAAUGAAGGAAAUUGAUGGUGCGGCUGUGUCAACUGGCAGUGGCAACAGUGAAAAAACAAGUGGAGAUUGCAGCUUAGAAGGAUCCAGUGAUGGAAACAACCAGAAGGCAAGUGGAACUCCCAAGAAAAGGAGCAUAGAUGAUAGGCCUAAAUCAGGCGUGGAAACUGGUGGAGCUUUAACACCUAAUGAUAGACCUAGCGAACAAGCAGCUUUGCCAAAUCUAUGCAUUCCGGUUACAGCAAUCAAACCAGACGUGAGCACUGCUAGUGACUUCAGAGUUAUUGCCACCCCAGUAACUGAAGUGCCAACUAAGGAUGAUAAGGAAUCGAAGCGCGAGAGAAGGAAGCAAUCAAACAGGGAGUCUGCUCGGAGGUCAAGGUUGAGGAAGCAGGCCGAGACUGAGGAACUGGCUAGAAAAGUUGAGCUAUUGACUGCGGAGAACACAUCCCUUAGACGUGAAAUAAGCAGGCUAACGGAAAGCUCCAAGAAACUUAGAUUAGAGAAUUCUGCUCUAAUGGAGAAACUAACGGAAACCGGGCCUGAUGAAGCACAAGAAGUGCCUCCAGUCAAAACAAAAGCACAGCAAGCUCGAGGCGUCGAAAAUUUCCUGUCAAUGAUAGACAAGACUGGCACGCCGAGAAGCAGCGGGCACAUGGAUCAUGCCAUUGCCACGCCCAAGCUUCGUCAACUCCUGGGCUCUGGUCUGGCGACUGAUGCUGUAGCCGCAAGGUAAUCUUAACGACUUGACCCUCCCGCCGUUCGUGCUCAAACGCAGCAUGUGGCCUGGUGAAUUUUAUAAGCUCAACCUGCCCGCACGAUUAACAUCGAAGUAUUAGGUACGAUUUUGUCACUGUAUUCGCCCUUGUAAAUUACUAGUAGCUGCCUUUUAGACGAGCAUUCCAACCGCUCCACCGGGAUAUGAAUGCCCCCCUGGCCGUCAGUUCUUCCCUGAGUUUUUACUCUACUCUCGUAGAUCUGUAACAUCAGUGCUGGCUCGCGUUGUUCAUAUCAAACUGAUCUCUGUAAAUACUGUAACACUGACAGAAAGCCUUCUAACUUUGAUCUUUUACCUUUACCUGCUUUUGGAUGAUCCAUUUUUCUCUCC